UUUAUAGUUCUUUGCUACAAGAGAUAACAUUCUAUCUUGGCUUUACAGCCAUACACUUUCAUGCACGUCAAGUGACAAAGAUUGUUAGUAGAAAAUAAAAGAAAAUUGGGCCAAAUAAAAGGGAAAGGAAAAUUUGUUAGUGAUUUAAAAGAGGGGUGAAGAGCAAGGUUAUGGUGAAGUAUGUUCAAUGGUGCAAACAGCGACAUUGGACUGCUCAAGGGUUGGAAGGAAGAGAAUGUCAGAGACUAGAGCAGGUGCCUGUUGAUUUGUCUCAAGUCUUAUGUUUGCAAUCUGAUGAACAAUGCCAUUCCCCAUUCAGGAUCCAAAUGACCCAGUAUUGGCAUCUCUAAAACAAUCUCUUGGACUUCACCAGCAGUGCUCUGAUUCAGAGUACAAUCCAAACACAGUGAAAGUGCCUCUUCUUGGUGAGAUCCAAUGUGUACGAGAUAAAGAUGGUUUUUUGUUGUUGUCGGCAAUUGUUGCAUACUGGGUAUAUGGUAUAUGGUCAUCAUACUAUGUGAUUAUAGAACCUCACUGGAGAGACGGACUCAUUGCUGAUUGGGUUGUCUAUUAUCAUUUUAUAGUUGCAAUACUUUGUCUGGUGUCAUUAUUCCGAUCCUCCACUCAGAAUCCUGGCAAGGUGCCUGCAGUUGAUGAAAAGUUUGCUCAACACCACGGAUGGGAGCCUUGCCCAACAUGUGGAAGAUGGCGUCCACCGAAAAGUCAUCAUUGUCGUCGCUGUCAGCAGUGCGUUGUUAGAAUGGACCAUCAUUGUCCUUGGAUAAACAAUUGUGUGGGCGAGGCAAAUCACCAUUUGUUUUCACUACUGUUAUUUUAUGCAUUCCUGUUCAGCUUCAAUACAUUCAUUUUCCUUAUGUUACAUUUCUGGUAUUGGCCAAAAUGUCAGACAUGUGACCCUGAAUCGUUUGUGAUGAAAUAUGGUAUAUGGUUUUCUUAUUUAAGUUUUGUUAUGUCUUCGGCCAUGGCAUUCUUCAUGUUCACACAGUUCUUUCAACAGUACUUUAAUUUGCUUCUGAAUAGGACAACAAUAGACAAUAUGAAAAUGAAAAGUGCAGAUGAUAUAGACUAUACUACGUUGCAAAUUCGAACUGCGAUUCAUGCAUACAGUGAUCACUGUGGGACAAGAAGGUUUUAUCUCUGGCCUUGGCCUUGUCGCCGCAGAAAAUCAACUCUUAUGACGGAUAUGAUAUAUGCAUAGCAUUUAUAUUUAUUAUAAUUUUAUGUCUGAAGUUGCCUUACUGUGAAUAAAUGACUGGUUAGAUGAUUGAAAUAAAAAUGGGAAUCAAAGACAACACAUACUAUCUAAAUAAACUAGGUUUUAAUAAUCAUUCCCUCAUCCUUUGGUUAAAAUGUGGUUAUUUAUUAAUCAUGAGGUCUGGCUCCCCGUUCUUAAAAAUUUUCAGUCUCAGCCGACUUUGAUAAUGAAACUUUAUUUGUCAUUUAUGUCUAAAUAGCAUGUUUAAAACUACAUUUUAAGUUAAUAACUAUUUUCAAGUGGCUAUUCUGUAUUGAUGGUCAGUUUAAGUUGGAAUUUAACCUUGAAAUUUUAUUAAAAUGUAAUUGAUUUUAAAAUUUCAAACUCAAACUCAGCUGAGACUGUGUUU